GAAGACUCGAGACCUAAUGAAGCUGGCCCUGAGUGAAGGAAGCAACUAGGGUAGGGAGAGCUGGUGUCUCCAAUUCAUUUUCUCAAUUUCAUGGAAUUAAAAACAAGAGAGUUUGGGUGCUCAUUAUGGCAAUAUUGUGUCACAAGUGAAGUGCUAUAUGUGUUAGGGCUGAAGAGGUUUUAUCGGUUAGCUCAAGAGAAAUGAGAGGGUAUGCAUGGAGUCUUGGCUUGAGUCUGUGACCGUGGGAGGCUUUUAUCUGGCCAUGGAAAUCAAAGAGGGAAUAGGAUGAGGAGGAGGCUUGAAUGGUGUUCUGUGGUGCUUUUACUUUGAGAAAGAGAGAACGUUUGCCGAAGAGAGGAAGAAGGAAAGAAGAGAAAUUGGUUACAGUGCAAAGAAAAAGCUCAAGUAAAUAUUUCAUUUGCAGGUGAAAAGGAACUGCUACGGGACUGGAAAGUGCCCAUCAGUAUUCAUUUACAGGUGUUGGGAAGGGCUUAUGAUUUUUGGUCUUUUAAAUGGUGAUGGAGCUACGUACAAUUGUCCAUGGACCAUGAGGCAGCUGGGCCGAGCUGGGGCCUGGGCUUUCAAAGCAGCCCAAGUUGCUGUUCCUUCGUUUCGAAGAAAACACAAUGCUAGAUUUUUUUGGGUCAAAUUGGUGGCCUUCGAAAAACUGAAGUGACGAUUGCGCAAUUUGCAAAUGCAGCCAAUCUCAGAUCCACAAUGUAAAGGAGGAAGGGAGGAAUAUGUAUUUGAAGGUUUUGUGAAACAUGAGUCAAUCAGGAGUCUCGCAGUAUAGACAACGUAGAGAUGUGGAGGCUGGUGACUUGGACGAUGAAGAGUCUUGCGGCUGCCUCAAGCGUUGGAGUCAAGCGGCACUAGUGUUGAAUAUUUCUCGUCGAUUCCGAUACAUCUUAGACUUGAAAAAGGAAGAAGAAAAGCAGCAGACACUAGAAAGAGAAAAGCAGCAGACACUAAGGAAGAUUAGAGUACAUGCACAAGCCAUACAAGCUGCAUAUCUUUUCAAAGAGGCUGGAAACCAACAAGUGAAUGAAAUUGAACUGCCGAAACCAAGUUCUGCUGGCGAUUUUCCAAUUGGACAGGAGCAACUAGUUUCAGUGACGAAGUAUCAUAAUUUUCCUGCUCUGCAACAAUAUGGGGGGGUCAAAGGGCUGGGAGAUUUAUUAAAAACAAAUUUAGACAAGGGAAUUCAUGGAGAUGAUGCUGAUUUACUGAAACGUAAAAAUGCAUUUGGAACAAACACAUAUCCUAAAAAAAAAAAGAGGAGUUUCUGGACGUUUCUCUGGGAAGCUUGGCAAGAUCUUACUCUGAUAAUUUUGAUGGUAGCUGCAGUGGCUUCUUUAGUGCUGGGUAUAAAGACAGAGGGUAUAGAUGAUGGUUGGUAUGAUGGGGGCAGCAUUGCUUUUGCAGUUAUCCUUGUUAUUGUUGUCACAGCUAUAAGUGAUUACAGACAAUCUCUAAAGUUCCAGAAUUUAAAUGAGGAAAAGAGAAAUAUACAUUUGGAGGUCAUUAGAGGUGGCAGACGAGUUGAGGUCUCAAUUUAUGAUCUUGUUGUUGGUGAUGUUGUACCCCUUAACAUUGGCGAUCAGGUCCCUGCUGAUGGCAUUUUAAUAAGCGGUUACUCACUUGCGAUAGACGAGUCAAGCAUGACAGGAGAGAGCACGAUUGUUCGUAAGGACUCCAAGAAACCAUUUCUAAUGUCUGGCUGCAAAGUAGCAGAUGGCAGUGGUACUAUGCUGGUAACCAGUGUUGGGGUUAGUACCGAAUGGGGAUUGCUCAUGGCUAAUAUUUCAGAAGAUACUGGUGAAGAAACCCCUUUGCAGGUGCGCUUAAACAAGGUGGCUACUCACAUUGGAAUUGUCGGACUCACAGUAGCUUUUGCUGUCUUGGUUGUCCUAUUGGUCAGAUACUUUACUGGCCAUACAAAAAAUGCAAAUGGAACUGCUCAGUUUACCCCCGGAAAGGCUAAAUUUGGAGAUGCCAUAGAUGGAGCCAUUAAGAUUGUUACUAUAGCAGUCACCAUUGUAGUGGUUGCCGUUCCUGAAGGGCUUCCCUUAACUGUUACCUUGACGCUUGCCUACUCAAUGAGAAAAAUGAUGGCAGAUAAGGCCUUGGUACGAAGGCUUUCUGCAUGUGAAACCAUGGGCUCUGCCACAACUAUAUGCAGUGACAAGACUGGAACCUUAACUUUGAACCAGAUGGCUGUGGUUGAGGCUUUUACUGGUGGGAAGAAAAUUGAUAUCUCUGACAAUAAGUCAGACUUGUCUCCAAUGCUAUCAGCUUUGCUUAUUGAAGGCAUCGCACUGAAUACAACUGGCAGUGUUUAUGUGCCUGAGACUGGUGGUGAUAUAGAAGUUUCUGGUUCACCAACUGAAAAGGCAAUUCUGCAAUGGGGAAUCAAGCUUGGAAUGAAUUUUGAAGCCAUCAAGUCUGAAUCUUUGGUUCUUCAUGUGUUCCCAUUCAACUCUGAGAAAAAGCGAGGUGGCGCUGCUGUUAAAUUGCCCAAUUCUGAAGUUCAUAUACACUGGAAAGGGGCUGCUGAAUUAGUAUUGGCCUCGUGCACAAAGUACCUUGAUGCAAAUGAUCAGUUGGCAGCAAUGGAUAAUGACAAGUCAAUGAUGUUCAGGGAGUCCACUGAGGAUAUGGCUGCUCGCAGUUUGCGUUGUGUUGCUAUUGCAUAUAGAACAUAUGAAUUAGAAAGCGUUCCAACUGAUGAACAACAAUUAGCUCUGUGGGCAUUGCCUGAUGACGACCUUGUUCUGCUUGCUAUUGUUGGUAUUAAGGAUCCUUGUCGGCCAGGGGUUAGAGAUGCAGUGCGACUAUGCCAAAAAGCUGGUGUUAAGGUACGCAUGGUUACGGGCGACAAUGUUCAAACUGCAAAAGCAAUUGCUUUGGAAUGUGGCAUACUUACUUCUUCAGAUGCUACUGGGCCAACUCUCAUCGAGGGAAAAGUCUUUCGUGGCCUUUCUGAUAGGGAGAGGGAAGAGUGUGCUAAGGAGAUUUUGGUGAUGGGGGGGUCUUCCCCGAAUGACAAGCUUCUGCUUGUGCAAGCAUUGAGGAGAAAGGGAGAAGUUGUUGCUGUUACUGGAGAUGGCACGAAUGAUGCUCCUGCACUGCGUGAGGCCGACAUUGGUCUUGCUAUGGGUAUUCAAGGGACUGAAGUUGCCAAAGAGAGUUCAGAUAUCAUCAUAUUGGAUGAUAAUUUUGCUUCAGUUGUGAAGGUUGUUAUAUGGGGUCGAUCUGUAUAUGCAAAUAUUCAGAAAUUCAUCCAAUUCCACCUUACAGUCAAUGUUGCAGCACUAAUUAUAAAUGUCGUGGCAGCGAUUUCCUCUGGUGAUGUUCCACUAAAUGCUGUUCAGCUUCUGUGGGUGAAUCUUAUCAUGGAUACUCUUGGAGCACUAGCGUUGGCUACUGAGCCUCCUACAGAUCACUUGAUGGACAGAAAACCUGUUGGUCGAAAAGAGCGUCUUAUAACAAAAAAAAUGUGGGGGAACAUAUUGGUUCAGGCUUUCUACCAAGUCAUCGUCCUGCUUAUCCUCAACUUUCGUGGGAUGCAUAUACUGCAUUUGACAAAUUAUCCCAACAGAGACCAUGCUAACAAGCUGAAGAAUACAGUGAUAUUCAAUACCUUUGUCCUUUGUCAAAUUUUCAAUGAAUUCAAUGCUCGAAAGCCUGAUGAGUUUAAUAUAUUCGAAGGAAUUACUAAGAACCAUUUCUUUAUGGGAAUAGUGGCAAUAACACUUGUACUUCAGGUUAUCAUCAUCGAGUUUCUGGGAAAGUUUACUAAAACAGUCAAGCUUGAAUGGAAUCAUUGGCGCACUUCUGUUGUUAUUGCCUUUAUCAGUUGGCCCAGUAAUUCAGCUUUUCAAAGAAGCCAUAGUUGGCUCGGUCUUGGUUGACCGGAAUUCACUUGGGCAGUUUUUAUGUACUUAAGAGUCCAGAGGUAAGAAUGAGGGAUGCCUCUUUGUAUUUUCCUUUUCCGGGGGAUUAAGGCUGAAUUAUUUGUUGGCGAGUCCUAUUCUAUUUAGGUUUUAUUUAUUUUUCCUUUUGU